GUCACUUCCGGCGGGGCGGCAUGGCGGGGCCGGGCCAUGGCGGAGGCGGCGGCUCGACGGGCGGUGGCGGAGCUGCCGCUGCUGCGGGCGCCGGCGGGGCCGCGGGACCGCGAGGGCUGGGCCGAGCGGCUGCGUGAGGAGUACCGGGCACUCAUCCAGUACGUGGAGAACAACAAACGCGCCGACACCGACUGGUUCCGCCUGGAGUCCAACCCCGAGGGCACGCGGUGGUUUGGCAGGUGCUGGUACAUCCACGAGCUGCUCAAGUACGAGUUCAACAUCGAGUUCGAGAUCCCCGUGACGUACCCGGGCACCGCCCCCGAAAUCGCCAUCCCCGAGCUGGACGGGAAAACUGCCAAGAUGUACCGGGGGGGCAAGAUCUGCCUCAGUGACCACUUCAAACCACUCUGGGCCAGGAACGUCCCCAAAUUCGGGCUGGCACACCUGAUGGCCCUGGGGCUGGGGCCCUGGCUUGCCGUGGAGAUCCCCGACCUCAUCUCCAAGGGCCUCAUCCAGCACAAGGACAAGUGACCAACGUCCCCCGCAUUCCCCUCCCAGCUGC